GUUCGACGGCGCUAACGCUGACGACAACGACUAGUGUUGUUAUGGUGUGAGGACUUCAGGCAGCCAAAGCAGUGUCGUUCCAGUAGUUAGUGGAGUGAGUGCUGGUGCCAAGGGUUCCCGUGUGUCAUGGUUUUGCUGCUGGUUUUGGUCAAGGGAUUGUUUCUGUGGUGUCAAUAGCCGAUGGCAGGAAGCAGCUAGGAGAAUUGCCCGGUCGUAUUCGUCGUUGUUGUUGCCGGAGAUACAAGAGAGUAGUCGGCGGAGACCAGCGCCGAAACCCGGCGCAGCUGCCGCUGUUAACACUGCUAUUGAGCAGAUCUUUGCAUCUGACCGUUUGCAUCAAAGAGAUCUCCGUCAGAUUAACAGGCGCCAGCUCCGCCAGAAACAAGGAUAACAACCGAGUGGACUAACGGAGUGUCGACGUCAACUCGCCGCCAACCGAUAUCACAGCCAUUUCGCACCAGUCGAAGCAAAACCAGUCAAUCGGUAUGUGUGUGAGUGCACCAACAGAUAGGUGAGGACAGGGAAUAGAAAACGGUGUUACAGCUUCCCUGCCCGUCGUUUCCACCUAGGAUGAGUUCUGCACAAACGUGCACACGAGCAGAGGAAAUGAUAAAACAACAACAGCAUGACGUCAAAUUCGUGAAUAACGUGUGUUAGUAAUAGCCUAUAUGUCAGUAAUCGAUCGAGACCGAAAUCCUCGUCUUUUGUUGUUUCUAUACAACUUUUUUUUUUUUUAUAUUUCAAUACAACUCGCAUUUCACACAAUUAUCAGCUGACGUAGACUUCGAGUUGAAACACUGUGAUUGCCUCUGCUGAAGCGCUUACUUCUGUCACUGCUGCCACCAGAACUUUUCCAAGAGUUACCUCGUAAGCUAUUGACUCAAGUGGAGUCGGAGCCAAAAGAGUUGUAACGGCUCUCCGGUUCUCGCUUCAGAGUUCUCUCCGAGCUGACAGGGCGCGGCGCGCUCUGAGCCCGCCACAGAGAGUGAUUUCGUUCGUUUGUUCGAGUGCAGAGGGGUGGCACAACACGAAGAGUCCUCUUGCUGAGGCUAUCGCUGUUGCUGCUCAUAAUAGGCUAACGGUGCCGACGACUUCAAUUCAGCUGUUGCUGUCGUUCUUAUAAGAAUGAUAUAGAGGCUGAGCAAAAUUGAUCCGGUUAGGCGCUAAUACGCAUGUGUGGAUGUGUAUAAUCUGUCUGUUUCUUACCGUGUAGCCGAAUGACUUGGCCUAGAUUAAGACUACUGAAUCAAGUUCAACGAAAUCAAUCCAAUAGCAGUUCAGCAACGAUGACGUAUCAAUGUGGUCACUGACCACUUCGAGGGGCACAGAUGCCCUGCAGUUGUCGCGUUCAGCAAAAGUAACGAUCCAAGGAAUACGGCAAAGCGUGCUUACAGCCCCAUUCUCGAAUGUGAUUGGUUGAGUGUUAUUGUUAUUGCUGCGUCAGUCUUUGGUUCUGCUGUUAAAAUAACAUGAAACAUUGAAAUAAGUUUCAACUAGUUUCGAUCGCUCAAAUGCCUUUUUUCUUCUGCUCGAUUCAAUGUCCGUGCAUACACCACCGAGAUAAUUAUAUCUUCCCGCGGUACGAAGACUCGAGUGCCUACUAAUGUUACUGCGUUGUUUGACUGCUGAGAUGCCUACCUCCAAUUAAGCCCUAUCGCCAUUAUUUUCUUCACCAAUCGCCGAGGUCUCAAACCCGAGAGUCGGCAGUUCGUGUGUUUGUGUGCAGUUCAAGUGUUCGUUCAUGCUUGAUUGGUGUUUGUGGUCCCCUUGCUUGUCCUGUUUAGCUGGACGCCGGAAGUCCAGAGGACAGCUGCAAACGCAGCUACAGUAGUCAAGAGAACUGGAUUAAGUGGCGGAUAUAUAGCACAUCUACGAGUUCUAUGGUAGCGUCAACCGUAGAAUGGCGCUUUUUGCAGCAGUAGGGGUAAUGUGGUUACCAGCAGAGUUUGUCUGGUCCAUCGUGGUGCUACUGGCCUCGGCCGUGUCACUCGUAUUAUGCGUGUGCGGCCGGAAGGGCAAAAGCGAAUCGGCCGGCAGCAACAACGAUGAGGUGGAGGCUGUGGAGACUCGAGCUGUCACACACCAGGAAUCGCCACAGUUAGCUAAUAAGCAGGUGACGGCUGCAACACUCAACGGCGAAGUGGUCACGAACGUUCAGGUCGUAGGAGCAAGUGGGCCCUCUGGUGGAGCCACUCUUCUCAACGGAGCGCCCAUGCCCGUUAGCAACGGUGCUCCAGUAUAUGCGAACUCCGAGUCACCGUCGCCGCAUCCACCGCAACAGGCCACACCUCAGCCUCUUCACGCUAAUUCACCCCAUAUGCAUGUUUCCGAUAGAGCGCUUCCGACUCCUCCGGGCCGACCUCAAAGUAUGCCGGCCGGAAUACCGAACUCGUCCAACGCCUUCGUCAGAGGGCGCCAUCGACCUACCCUGAGCCAAGCGCCGCCUUCACCCAGUCUCGGGGGCGUGACAGGAGUCGCGAGUCUUCCACCAGCGUCUCUUGGUCCGACCCCGCAGCCACCUGCUCUAGGCGAAGAUUUCGCUAGAAAUGAAGGUAUACCUGAUAUUGACGCGGACGUCAUCGGGGUCGCCGGUCCAGCGAAUACCGCAGUUUUAGGAGGUGCACCUCUUGUGGGAGAAGGUGGUGCUGGACCAGGUCCUGCAGGUCCCCAGGGCGAUAUCCCUUAUACAGUGAUUUCGGUUCGAGAACCACUAGCUAAUCUUCGUGAAGAGACUCACAGACUUCUCAUGGAGCAGCAACAGCAGCAUGGCACCGUUCAUAAUGGUGUCAUGGGUAGCAACCAUAAUUCUAGUCAGCAACAGCAAGGGUCAGCAGCAAAUAUCUCAUCAGAGCCAGGAAUCGGAGUAGUUAAUGGAGUCGGUCUAAUGCAGAGCCCAUCGGAUGGCAACGCCGGUUCUGGAACUGGAACAGAGCAGUACUACGCCAUCGUACAGCCAAUCGACGAAGAAAUGUACGCCGAAAUUGAAAGUGCGGCUUCGUCCGUCACUUACGCUCGUAUUGAGCCGAGACAGAAUGGUCCCCCCCGUAUGGCUUCGCCACCCCUGGCUACCAACGACCCUGCACCGGCUAGUCCAUCGUCGGUAGUGACAGUUGUGGACGGUAGCCCAUCGUCUGUAGGACUUCACGUCCAAGGAGGAGUGCCCGCGCCUCCCACUGUUGAAAGUCUCCGAUCAGUAGCACAAGCACAUUCCAGACAAGCAUCCACAUCUUCAAUGUUCGCUACAAUGAAUGGUGGCGUGCUGACGGUUGUGACUAACGGGAUCACCGUAGCCUCGCAGCCAGGACACGUACCGACACCAGGAUGCCUACCCAAUGGAGACGUGAAUGUUGUCAACAAUCUGUACUCCACCGUAGAUCGUUCACAGAAACAACCGUUGACACCUCAGCAACCGCACAACCAUAUUCACAGAAAAGUUUCCGAAGGUCACAGUGGAGAUAGCACGACAUCUGUAGACCAACUGUACGCGAAAGUAGCGAAAAAAUCUAAGCGGCCAUCCCCACCCCCAAUGCACCAUCACGGUAACCACAACAACCACUUAAUUCAUAGUAAAAACCUUAAUAGCCACGUGGGUAACAGUAACAUGGGCACUCACUCGCCUCAGCCGCCAGUGCCCCCCGCGCAUCCUCCCAUUGGAGCAGCGGCUGUCAUGGGCGUCAAAUACGAGCACAACAACAAUCACGGCCUUAUGAUGCUAGGCCAUAUCGGCUCGAUACUGCCUCCGAUGACGCUGAAACGAAAAAGUUCGCGAGCGUCACGCGGCAGCAGUAGCGGUAACGGAGUAGAGGAUGAUGACAACGACCCGUGCUACGAGAUGGUUGGCGGCGGGUCGGGAACAGCUCCACCACUUGGCUUUGGGCUGCUCGAUCAAGAAGAGCCCAAAUACGAACGUCUUAAGGGAUGUAGUGCAUCGAGCGAUAUUGAUCCGAAUUACGAACUGUUAUCGGGAGGACUUUCCAAGGAAGAUCCAUGCUACGAGGCGCUUGGCGGAAAUGAUAGUAAUGCUGGAAGUGACGCGGAUCCUUGUUAUGAACGAGUACUUCAUCACCCUCAGCUGCAUCACAAUGGCGGUCGAAAAUUGCCACAAACGUCAGACGAGAUAAAUGACCCUAAUUACGAAAGAUUGCCCCGUAGCGGCGAUAGUGACGUGGAGCCGUGCUACGAGCGGGUUCGGCCCUCCCGUGAUGACUCUUCCGACCUUGAAGUAGACCCAUGCUAUGAACGAGUAGGCGUCCCUAAUAAUAAACAGGUCUCAGAGCCACAAUACGAAAGGGUCCGAAAACCCCAACGAGAAGACAGCCUCAGUUCGGAUCCGGGUUAUGAGACGGUAAAAAAACCUCCACCGCAACUGCCCGCCACAGGGCCCGUUCCGGCGAGCAUGAACUCGAAUGGUCAGCUCACAAAUGGCAAUGGGCAGGUUCGUCUCAAUGGUCGUCCAGCCACACAACGAGCGCUUAUAACGGUCAACUCGCACGUCUUGCAUGAACCCGACUACGAAACUGUCAACACGCCCGAGAUCGUCAUGCUCUAAUAAGUCUAUAUGAGGGGGCGAUUUUCCCAGCGAAUUAGCCGACGGUCAGCGAGCAAUUUUUGUAGAUUAUAUGGGAAGCAUUCAACACUGAACAUAACUACCGCCCUUAUCCAUGAUUUCAUACAAAAUCCAGCCGGUGCUUUGGAUCAGUUUCUAGUAACCACGGUAACUCGGUUCGGGCGUAAUGCAGUUAGUAACGGCUCCAUUACGUACAGCUGCUGGCUCGAACAUCUGCGAAAAUAAGCACGCAGUUAUAGCCGAAACGAUUUCGGCAGCAUCAACAAUAGUCAACACGUCUGUCAAUCUUUAGGGGCGUACAAACUUCGCCAGGUCAUCCUAUAAAUCUUCCCUGAACGAUUAGUUCCUAUAAUCAGUCUUCUAUUACAGUCAAAUCGUGUCACAACCAUCCUGUUCCAAUAGCUUUGCUCGUUGGUAAACAUUCAUUCGACUGCACGUUUGAAACAGAUAGCAAAACAAGCUAAAGCCUCAAGAAUAUAUCAUUCUUGCUCUGCUAUAACAUGCCUUUCGUUAGCGACAUGCUAUUCUUAUUUUAUACAGCGCAGCAUUCUUAGAGAGACAUCCUUGAGACGUUGCGCUGACAAUGAGGCUGUACUUUCCAUUUUAACAUUACUUUAAAUGUUAUCGGACCCUUAUUUAUAUUGAAAUCAGGAAAUCGUCGCGAGAAAUCGAACAUGGGUUAUAUAUCGCUCGCUGCACCCUGAUUUAAAGAAAAACUGCACAAGUCUUCUACAUCCACAUGCAUAGACACCAUACAUGCUUUGUAUAUAUGAAUCGCUCGUUGUGAAGCCAACUGUAACAUGCAAUUAUUAUCGACUGUAUAUGAACAUACACAUUACUCCUUGAUAACGGCCUGAGAUAUUCUAAAAGGCUAUCCAGCCAGAUUUAUAAAAUGUAAAGCGGCUUUUAACGGCAAAUACUGAGGCUUAGAACACCUGAAUGACGUUACAGUCGUCUGAUUAAAACGCAUCACUCCUGUGCUAAUAUAUAGUACAUAUAAACAGGGUGUCCUCAAUGAUUUUCAUUGCACUUAAAAACAAGCGAGGAGAUUAGAAUUUAUUCUCAAGUGGGCGUUAAGCACGAUAUUGGCUAAAAGGCUUCCCGACGACAAAAAAGUGGGGCAUAUAGAAUUUUGAAUGCUAUCAUUGCUUGAUCAUUGGCUUCGAGUUUGUGCAUAGUUGUGGAUUUGGCUGCUCAAACACAUGAUGGCGCGUGACAGGUGAUCAGGGGGUGCUAGGUUAUCGAAAGCAGCCGAUUUUCGAAAUUAGCUGACGUGCGGAUAUGGGUAAAGUGAGCUCGAAUAUUGAAAUUUUGUCACGCUUUCGUGCAAUCCGUGACGUCGGUCCGUUGAUACCAAACCGUUUUAUACCACGCAUCCGAAGCGGCUAACGCAUGGCCGGUUACUGCCGUGGAACAGUUCGGCGAAUAUGGUACCGCUAUGUCACCUUAAAUAGUUCCAGCGUCGAACCAAAUCGGAAUCCUUUACUGUCACCAGUACAAUUUCCCUCUUCGGCCGUCAUAGAAUGGCGCCUGAAAUAUGUAAGUUCACUAAGGACACAGGAACAUCCUGUACAUAAAUAUGAAAACCUAUGUAUAGAACAAAGCGGAAAUGAAUGUUCGUGGAUGCGAAGACCGACUAGGGUUGAUCGCUGCAUUUUCUCUAUUUAUACCGUAACUUAUUUUUUUUUAUUGUUUCUCUUAUGUGUUGUGCUAACCGUCUUGCCGAUGUCUUAAGCGCGCUUUUACGAGCGCGUCCAUUUUUUGUUGUAGUUGUAUCGAGAACAAUAGUUUGAACUUCGCGGAAGGAUCAACUUAUACUGGGAGACUUCGAAACACUCAUGAAACUAAAAACUUGUCAUUUUAUUAAAAUGUUACAAUCCUUAUCUUGUUAUCUAUUAUAAUUAAACAACAGAGCAAAGUAAUAUAUGAUCAUUAUUUGUCAUCAACGCUCUUGUAUAUUAAGGAGGUAUUAAACAAGAAAAAUUAAGUGCAUUAGCUAAGAAGUUUAUAUUGAUAAAGACUUUGAUAAUGAAAUCCUGAAUGAAAAUAACUAAAAAUGCAGGAACAAAGUGUAUUUGAGCGCACAACAAUUGAAUUUGUCAGAUGCAGUUGAAUGUUUGUAUAUCCACCAUGAUGAUUAGAUAAUAAUGGUUCAAACAAUCUCGAAUAGAGGAAGUUUAAGGAGCCCGAGGUCGUACUGCAAAGCUUGGUUUUGGUCUUGAGCUCGUGUUUCGCAUCUAUUAUAGCAAAUGGCAUAACGUUUACGAAAAACAGUUUUAUCAUCAUAUCUUUAAAUUACGUUAGGCGUUAAGGUGGCUGAGGACGAGAAAACCUGUAGCGCUCUCUAAACGCGACGAAAACUAUUUCCUCACAGAGAAUAUUGCAUACGUUGGAUAGGCGAGGCUGACGCUAGCCAAAUCGAUGGUCUAAAUUUCCUAUCUUUGCAUAUAACAACGGUAAAAAUGAUCGUGUUAAGAGCGGAGGGCGCAAGAGCGACAUGUAAGGCUGAACGCGUCGUGCCGCAUCGUAAUCUGUAACGUCUUUAUUUAGACUAUAAUGAACUACGUAUUCACAAGUGGCUGUUAUUAAGCGUCACUGAAUAAAAUCAUGCAGCUUCAAUGUGUGCAGAGUUGCUAGAGGACGAAUUUUACUGCCGGCCGAAUUUGAGCUAAAUUUUUUUAUUACUCUGUCUGCUUGGUGGUAUAAUACAACCUCUGUUGUUAUUUACUUGUGACUCUUGGUAGACAAAAUUGUCCGCGCUACGCAAUUCUCGUAGAACCUCAAACUUACAUACUCUGCAAAUCAGCUCAUAACUGAUAUAUGCAUAGCCAAGGAGAAGAUCGCGGCUAUGGCUAUAGUAACAAUUAAAUGAUAGUUUAACACGAAUAUACCAAUAACGUAUUACCUGUAUAUAGCCGUAGUGGUCGUACAGAAACACCUCCCCCUAUCUCCAGAUCGAACCUACGUAGUUUCGUCUCCGUUCCUGGGUUAUGAAAUUAUUUAAUCGCGUGAUGCUAAACGUCGAAAUCAAUUCAACAUAUUUGUAUCCGACUACCUCGAACGUUAAACUUGUCAUCAAACUCCCUCUGCUCAGUCCAUACGGAAUACGAAAAUAGAAGACAACAUAAAGGAAGUGGAAUUGACACGGCUACCUGUAAAGUACAUUCACAUAUGAUGCCCCUCUCAGUUCCAGUAUCAAUAACGAUGUCGUAUAACGGCGCCUGGAAAUGCUGUUGGACAGCUAAAAACUUCCACGUCCUACACUUAGUGCCGUUCAGAAUCGAGUAGGCUAUAUGUACAAUGCGUUAGUCCUUAAUACGAUCUAGUUAACGUUGUGUGAUAAUUUGGCCUCUGAUUAGAGUGUUUCUGCUUUGCCAUCAGACGCCAGUUAGCCUAUAACAGUCUCUCACGUGAUCGCGUAUUUUUCUAAUAUGAUGACAUAGAUGAUAGUGAUUAAGGUUUCAAGACGAUAGACCCGCCAAGCAUAUGAGAUUCUUUCUCUUGAAGUUAGUAAAAUUGUGGUUAUUAAUGGCUAAACGAGACAGCAGAAACAAAAGCGAUAGUCAUGUUACUUCAGGUAUUAUAGUAAGAUUCUGUUUCAGAUAUUCGACGAUAGUGGUCUGAAACGAGCUGUACGGGCCUUUUGUAGAGAAAAACAAAAAAAAAAACAAAAAAAAAAAAAAACGCUAAA